UUUAAAAGUUAAAAAAAUGUUUCGUGGAAUAUUUGGUAGAAAAUUUCGUGGAAAUCGACUUGAAAAGCGAUUUUAUUCAAUCGCACCAAUUUUGGAACCAAAAUUACCUCAAUUAGGAAUAUUCAUCAACAACGAGUACCUCCAAUCGAUUUCUGGGAAAACUUUCAAAACGAUCAACCCAUCAAGCGGAGAAAUUAUAGCGGAAAUUCCAAGAAGCUCAAAAGAAGACGUCGAUUUAGCGGUAAACGCAGCUUUUGAAGCUUUCAAGCUAAACUCACCAUGGCGAAAAAUCGAUGCUUCUCAACGAGGGUGUUUAUUAAAUAAACUCGCCGAUUUAAUCGAAAGGGAUUUCAUCAAUUUAGCCUCUUUAGAAACUUUAGACAUGGGGAGUCCGUUUCCAACAACAUCGGCUUUUAUUAACGUAGGAAUAAAAAGUCUUCGUUAUAUGGCAGGAUGGGCCGACAAAAAUCACGGAAAAACCAUCCCAAUGGACGGGAAUUAUUUCGCGUAUACAAAAUUAGAACCGAUUGGAGUUUGUGGACAAAUCACCCCAUGGAAUGGUCCCUUACUAACAUUUUGUUGGAAAAUCGCUCCAGCUUUAGCAAUGGGGAACACCGUUGUAAUAAAACCAGCCGAACAAACCCCAUUAACCGCUUUAUACAUGGGGCAAUUAAUAAAAGAAGCUGGAUUUCCACCUGGUGUGGUUAAUAUAGUUCCGGGAUACGGAGAUGCUGGUGAAGCUUUGUGUAAAAAUCAAAAAGUCGAUAAAAUCGCAUUCACCGGCUCAACUGAAGUGGGGAAAAAAAUUCAACAAUCAUCCGGAAUUGGAAAUCUAAAAAGAACAACUUUAGAAUUAGGCGGAAAAAGCCCCAAUAUAAUUUUAGACGACGUCGACUUACCAACAGCUGUAGAAUGGGCCCAUCAAGCCGUUUAUAUGAACCAAGGUCAAGUUUGUUGCGCUGGAUCAAGAACUUUCGUACAAUCAAAAAUUUACGACGAAUUUGUUGAAAAAUCUAUACAACGCGCUAAAAACCGCAUUGUUGGAAACCCAUUCGAUAUCAAAACAGAACAAGGCCCACAAAUUGAUCAAACCCAAAUGGAAAAAAUUUUAAAUUUGAUUCAAAGCGGAGUUAAAGACGGAGCUUGUUUAGCAACUGGAGGCGCAAGAUGCGGCGAUAAAGGAUAUUUCGUCCAACCAACCGUUUUCGCAGGCGUUCAAGACCACCACAAAAUCGCCCAAGAAGAAAUUUUCGGGCCAGUUCAAAACAUUUUAAAAUUCGACACAUUAGAGGAAUUAAUCGAAAGAGCCAACAACACCAAUUACGGCUUAGCGGCGGGAAUUUUCAGUAAAGAUGUUGAUAAAAUAAAUUAUUUAACCCAAGGAAUUAGAGCUGGAACAGUUUGGGUUAAUUGUUACAAUGUGUUAAGUGCUCAAACUCCGUUUGGAGGGUUUAAAGAUUCGGGAUUGGGUAGAGAAAUGGGGGAGGAUGGGUUGCAUCAAUACAGCGAGGUUAAAAGUGUUAUUGUUGGAUUGGCACAAAAAAAUUCUUAA